AUUGUACGUUUUUUGUGCGAGAAAAUAGCCGAUAGUUUAGCGCUUAACCUCCUCGUCUUCGGCGCACCUGACGGUGGGAUAACUGCCCAAAGUUUUCGUUCUUUGGUGAUGUUUUAAAAGCCUAUUUGCAAUUGGUAGGAUUAAAAAAACUCAAUUAAUCAAAGACAAAGCAAUAAUUGAAAACACAAUCUAUUUUUGAAGUGAAAACUUCUUUAGCACCGCUGUGACUUGAAACUCAAUGAAACAAAAUUUUAACAGUAUUUGACACAAGGUAUCCGUAAUUUUGUAACUUUCUGCAAGAGACAGAUAGCCGUACGGUAACGGUCUUGAGGUCGACACCGACUUAUUGGUGGUACGAAACUGAGCUCGGUUAUUUUUUAAAUUGUUUUUUUUUUCUUUUAUUAAACUAUUAUUUAUUUUAUGAAACAAUUUAAGCAUGGAAUAAUUAAUUUUGCCCAGUAUUAUACAAUACCUGAAUAGUUAAGUAUUAAACGUUUGGUAUAUGUGCUUAAGUGUGUGUUGUGUGCCGGCUGAAGGUAGUGAUGUAACGAAUGUCAUUUUCUGAACACUCGCGAAUGCGAAUGCGGAUGCGAAUGUCUGGUGCCGACAUUCGCGAAUGCGAAUAUUUAUUUAUUUUUUGAAAUUGGUGCCAAUUGUCUAUGGCAUGGUGGCAAUCUCGUUCGAAUUGCCGAGUUGAUAUGAACUCAUCCGACUGAAGUGUCAUUCCAAUCGCACCGGUCUUUCCGUAAACAAAACAAGUGAAUUUUGAGGUUAGUGAUUGUGAGUGGUAAUAGUGAUUUAUAAACAUGAGUAAAUCGAAUUCUAGUGAAACGUGGACUUAUUUCACACUUUGAGAUGCUGAACGAGCUAAAUGCAAACUGUGUAACAAUGAAUAUUCAAGGAAAGGCAGAGCUACAACUUCUUCAAAUUGUUUUUUUUCUAUUAUUCAUAUUCGCAAAACAUUCGCAGAGAUUUUGCGAAUGCGAAUGUGAAUGCGAAUAUUCAAAAAUAUGCGAAUAUUUGCAAAUGCGAAUGAGAAUAUUCGUUACAUCACUAGCUGAAGGACUUUUACGUGUUGAUAUUUUUGUAGAUUUCACUUCUAUCGCAUGUGAACAGCACAUGCCAGUUUUUUUACGUUUCUUUCAAUAUAGCUCUGAUCUAGGACGAAGAAUGUCAUAGCUAUGAACUAUAAACGUGUAUUUAUGUGAUCGUGUCUGCCUCUGGUUUAUGUACUUACAUUGUCUUUGACCUAGUUGUCAAAAACAUAUAUUUUUAUGUUAUUUUUUAUUGUUGCCGAUUGUUGUGAAUUUAUUUGUUUAUAGGUACUUUUAUUAUCUGAAGGUAUAAAUUGUAGUUAGGUUUAUUCUUAUGGAUAACGUUAAUUACUUAAAUAUUAGCAGGUAAAAAUGCGACGGAAGGAUAAAAAAAACAGAGAUGACAUUGAGAAAACGUCGCAGAGUAAGAAAACUGUUCCUACUAGCAUAUCGUAUUUUACUUUGUACAGAUUUGCGUCUAAGUGGGACAAGUUAUUAAUCGCCAUAUCUUUAUUAUGUAAUGCGGUGGCCGGUAUGAUUUUGCCGUAUGCUAUAACCUUGGUGGCGGGAGUGUUCCAAGACAUGAUUUCAUAUGCAAAAGAUGGAGACAAUAGCAUUGAGAAUAACGAGCAGUUUUUAAACUCUUUACACACGUUUGCCAUCAAAUACUCUUGUGUGGGAAUUAUUUUGUUUUUGAGUGGAUAUUUGGGCACUGCUCUCUCUAAGAUCGCGGCUCUGAAUCAGAUUUUCAAGCUACGACAAGAAUAUUUGAAAAGUGCCCUCAAUCAAGAUUUUGCUUAUUUUGAUCUUUGUCACACUGGCGACUUUGCCUCUAAAAUGGCCGAUGAUAUAAUAAAAGUAGAAGAAGGAAUUGGCGACAAAGUAUCUUCGUUCAUCUACAACCUUACUAUCGGCAUUGGGUGCGUCUUGAUGGCAAUGCUCAAGGGCUGGAAAUUGGCUUUAUUGUGUCUUACCACCACGCCUGCUACGUUUCUGCUUGUUGGACUUACAGGAAGAAUUGCAGACAGUCUUUCCAAAAAGGGUGCAAUGGAAAAAGGUCGUGCAAGUGCCAUCGCUGAGGAGGUUUUAAGUUCAAUUCGCACUGUGUUCGCAUUUAACGGCCAACAAAAGGAAUUAGAGAGAUACAGGCAACCCCUGAGUAGGGCACGGAAAAUAUAUAUUAAGAGAGAUUUAUUCACGGGUCUCUCAAUGGGAGCAUUAUUUUUAUGUGUCUUUUGCUCCUAUGCCUUAUCCUUUUAUACCGGCAUCUACCUUGUUAUCAAUGAUCCUCAACACUAUAACGCUGACGUUAUGUUUUCUGUGUUCUUCGGAAUUAUGACGGCUUUGUCUACUUUCGGUAUGGUUGGAUCAUUGGUAUCAACAUUUGGUGCUGCAAGAGGAUCGGGCGCGCAGAUAUUCCAUUUGCUUGAUAAUGUUCCAACCAUUAAUCCAUUAGAAGACCGUGGACUUAAACCGAUCGAAAUCGAAGGAAAUAUUACAUUCAACGAUGUGGUGUUCCAUUAUCCUACACGUCCAGAAGUUCCUGUUUUAAAUGGUUUAAAUCUGACUGUGAAGCGUGGACAGACGGUAGCUUUGGUGGGACACUCUGGAUGUGGCAAGUCCACUGUCGUACAACUCAUCGCCCGCUUUUACGACGUCGUGGACGGCAAUGUGUACUUAGAUAGCAACGAUGUACGCAAUCUUUCGGUGUGUUGGCUACGAAGCCAGAUAGGGUUGGUUGGACAGUUACCGGUCCUCUUCGAUGCUUCAAUCCGAGAAAAUAUUCGCUACGGCCGCGAAGAUGCUACCGAGGAUGAUCUUUUGGUUGCCGCCGAACAAGCGUAUGCUCACCAGUUUAUCACAAGGCUGCCAAAGGGCUACGACACGAUGGUUGGUGAAGGCGGGGUUGCAUUAUCAGGCGGUCAGAAACAGCGGAUUGCAAUAGCGAGAGCCUUGAUAAGGAACCCGAAGAUUUUGCUACUUGAUGAGGCUACUAGCGCCCUUGACUUGUCUUCAGAGGCAAAAGUGCAAAAAGCUUUAGAUAAGGCUGCGAGAGGUAGAACAACUAUUGUCGUAGCGCAUCGUCUGUCGACAAUACGGAAUGCACAUGAAAUAAACGUGAUGAAAGAUGGCGUUGUAGUAGAAAAGGGUAGCCACGUAGAGCUCAUGGCGCUGAAAGGGUAUUACUGGGAGAUGGUGGUCAUGCAAGAGCGGAAGGAACCUAUAAGCGAAGAUGCUGAUUUUACAAGAGAAGAAUCGAAAAUAUCCGAACAUGUGAGCGUUGCUGGCACUACAGUGAUUGACGACAAAGAAAAGAGAGAGUCACCUAAGGUUUCGUUUUGGAAGGUAGUUCGUCUUAAUGCGCCUGAGUGGAAGCUCAUCGCCGUUGGCUGUGUUUGCUCCAUUAUCAUCGGGUUUUCAAUGCCGUUAUUCAUCGUUGUGUUCGGAGACCUUUUUGGGUCUAUGUCUAGUUCCGAUCCUUCUGAGCUACUGGCUAAAGUUGAGUUCGUUUCUUUAGCCUGUAUUGCUAUAGGCGUUGUGAUGGGACUUAGUCAUUUCAUAGAGGCAACCUCAUUUGGCGCGGCAGGAGCUUAUUUGACAGAGAGACUGCGCGUGCACAUGUUCCAACACUUGAUGCGGCAGAAUGUGGCAUUUUACGACUAUCGGCUCAACUCCACUGGCGCCUUGUGCGCUCGCCUCUCUGGGGAAGCGGCGCAAGUUCAAGCAGCAACGGGGCAGCGUAUUGGCGUAGUCUUGCAGGGGGUUGGUUCAAUCGGCCUCGCCGUAUUAUUGGCCCUGGUGUUCGAAUGGCGGGUGGCAUUGGUGGCUCUGUCGUUCAUCCCCGUCGUCGCGGUGGUCAUCUACUACCAGGGCAAGGCAAUUGGAGAAGAAUCACGUGGUACUGCGAAAACCCUGGAGAACAGCACGAUGAUAGCAAUAGAGGCGGUGUCGAACGUCCGCACAGUAGCUUCGCUCGGUCGUGAGAGGCAGGUGCUGGCCGAGUAUACGGCCCGGUUGCAACCAGCGUUGGGCCCGGCCCGGCGCGCGGCCCAUUGCCGCGGCGUGGUCGCCGGCCUGUCCCGCUCCAUGUUCAACUUUAUCAACGCUGUGGCCCUCACCUACGGCGGACACCUCAUAGUCAAUAGCGGCGUGGCAUACGAACAUAUUCUUAUUACGACACAAUCUCUACAAAUGGCUUCGGGUCAGGCGCAAAACGCGUUCACGUUCGCUCCCGACUUCCACAAGGGCAUAACCGCUGCUUCUAGGAUCCUAGAAUUUCUUAAAUCAAAGUCACAGAUCGUUGAUCCAGAAAAACCAAUCACAGACUUUAAAGCCUCGGGCGAAGUAAAUUUUGAGGAUGUUGAGUUUACGUAUCCAUCCCUACAUACUGCGCGUGUGUUGAAAGGCUUGAGUUUUCAUUUGGAACGCGGAACCACAGUGGCUCUGGUCGGGCAAAGCGGAUGCGGCAAGAGCACCGUAGUGCAACUUCUCCAAAGAUUUUACGACCCCUAUACAGGCACAGUGUCGUUGGACGGCGUUCCGUUGCCACAAUUGCGUGUGAUAGACGUGCGCUCUUCGCUCGGCCUGGUGUCUCAGGAACCAGUUUUAUUCGACCGCACCAUCGCCGAAAAUAUUGCAUAUGGAGACACCUCGAGGACUGUGCCAUUUGAUGACAUAAAAGACGCCGCUGAGCAAGCCAAUAUUCACCGCUUUAUUGUGUCAUUACCUCAGGGCUACGAAACCAACAUAGGCUCUAAGGGUACGCAGCUGUCGGGCGGCCAGAAGCAACGUGUGGCCAUUGCGAGAGCUCUCGUGCGUAGGCCCAAGAUACUGCUGCUUGACGAAGCUACUAGCGCCCUAGAUUCAGAAAGUGAAAAGGUAGUGCAAGAAGCCUUGGACAAAGGGAGAAUCGGAAGGAGUUGCAUAACAAUAGCUCACCGGCUUAGCACUGUACGCGACGCUGACUGUAUCUGUGUAAUCAGCGACGGACGAGUGGCCGAGAGCGGCACGCACUCAACACUCAUGAACCGCAAAGGAAUUUACUACAACCUUUACAACUCCGGCACUUACUAACGAAAUCGCCAGUGUUACCAUACAAUCAAUUAAAUUAACGUGCCAUGGCAACUGCUGUGAGCUGGGAAAUGAUGCUCCCUCCCACUAAGUUUCCAUAAUACGCCUGGGCGGCUGCGGCAGUGGUGCCAGCGGCAAUACCGGCACUGCCGAAUCCUAAGUAACCGGCCACAAACGGCGCGGCAACCCCGCCUGUCAAGUAGAUGGCAGUGCCACCUACCAAAUUCACUGCAAGAGCAGCUAGUAACCCCAUGUUAUUUAAAUAAUAGACACACCCAAACAAAACGAAUGCAAUCGUGUAACUGCGGAAAAAUUUUCAGCCCGCCCCUUAAGUAUUGUACCGCACAAAAAAAAACAUUAGUGUUGUGGGUGCUGGAUAUACUCUAUCGAUUGUGACUUCAGAUGUUUAAUCGAAUCUGUUAAAAUUUAGGUAGUAUUUUAAUACCGAUUGUUAAAAAGUUAUUAUAGUCAAGAAAAAUACCACUUGCAUGG